AUGUACAAGGUCAUUACUUCUCUCGGUGCUAUCGCCGCUCUAGCUGCGACCGCCACCGCCCACGGUAUCACCAACGGUGUCACCAUCGACGGCCAGUUCAUCGGCGGCUUCAAGCUCGACUACUACUACACCAAGAAGAACAACCAACCCAUCCCUGCCAACAUCGGCUUCUACGCCGAAAACACCGACAAUGGCUUCGUUGCGCCUGCUGAUUUCGGCGCUGCCGACAUCAUCUGCCACAAGAAUGCCAGCCCUGAGGGCACUUCGGACUCCCUGGCUAAGGUCGCUGCCGGUGGAACGGUUGAGUUCCACUGGUCUACCUGGCCCGAGUCGCAUGUGGGCCCAGUCAUCACCUAUGUUGCUCCUUAUACGGGCGACAUUGCUUCCGUCAAGAAGGGCGACUUGAAGUGGACCAAGAUCCAAGCUGAUGGUUACGCAAACGGCAAAUGGGCUGCUAUCGAGAUGAUUUCCAAGAACAACACCUGGCCCGUCACCGUCCCCGAGUCGCUGAAGGCUGGCAAGUACGUCUUCCGCCACGAGAUCAUUGCGCUCCACGGCGCCCAACAGGCCAACGGCGCUCAGGCUUACCCCCAGUGUCUCGCCAUUGAGGUCACUGGCUCCGGUACCGAGACUCCCGAAGGUGUUGCUGGAACUGCCAUCUACAAGGCUGAUGAGGACGGCAUCAUCUUCAACCCCUACACCACCCCCAUCAACUACAAGAUCCCUGGCCCCGCUCUCUGGCCUGCCGGCUCCAGCGGUGGCUCUCCUACCACCCCGACCAAGCCCAGCAGCUCCGCUGCCCCGGCCGCUUCUUCUGCCGCGGCUUCAUCUGCUCCUUCGUCGGCUCCCUCAUCCGCUCCCUCGUCCGCUCCUUCGCCGUCUGCAUCUGCCGUUGCCACGCCUGUUGCUACCCCCGUCGCCUCCCCAGCUCCCUCCGGCGCCGGUGGCAACACCACUCUGCCCGCCCAGUUCACCCUCGACACCUUCAUUGCAUGGCUCGAGGACAAGGCUGCGGGCUCUUCCAACAAGGCCCGCCGCCACGCUCGCGCUUUCUAA